AUGCCAAAAGCGCCACCUGAGGUAGUUUUGGGAACAAAAGCUGGCGCAUUGGAGUUGAGUUUGCUUUUAACACUUGAGCUUGGUGAUAUUCUGGUUUUUUGGAUGAAUCAAGCGGCAGCUCUUAAGAGAAAAGUUCUGAAUCCAAACAAAGCUCAAUGUCCAAUGAAGAAUAUAGGCUUUGAUUUCCAAUACCGAUCAAGUGCCGAACUAGCCAAAAAAUAUCAAAUUAAGAGAGAAAAGCUUGCAAGUGAUCGCAACGAUAAAGCUGCUAAAGAGCAGGCAUUACUUGGAGUUAAAAGGAAGAAUUGUAUGCCUGCAACAUUAGAAGGACAAAGUAGACAGAGGUUAAGUCAAUUCGAUGUGUCAGUUCAAAAGUUAGGAAGGAAUAUAUUACCGGUGUACAAAUCAAUCCAAUCGUCUUCAAGGGAAGAUCUGAUCACUUCACAUAAUAUUGCAAGUAAAGGACAAAUUAAACAAAGGUCAAUUCAAUUGGAGGAUCUCAUUCAAAAGCAAGGAAUGAGCAAAUUACAUGUGCCCAUAUCCAUGAUCCAAUCAUCUGCAAAGGUAGAUCCUAACACAUUACAUAUGAUUAGAAGAACACAAGGUGAUGGAGAGAAACAACUUGAUAUUCAGGAGCUACAAAAUUACAAAAAGUUAAAGACAAACUCAGUCUUACCGAUGACGAGUGUUAAUCAAUUUCUAAAAAAAUAUGGGAUACAAGUUGGUGGUGAAAAACAUCCUGAUAAUCACCCAGAAAAUGAAAUGAGAUUUAUGUCCUCUCCUAUUAUUGAUGAGCGUGAAAUAGAAUUGGAUAAUUUUGCUGCACAAGAUGAAGUUAGUGAUGAUGAAUUUAUUGGAGAUGAGGAUAUGAACAUCGAUAAAGCUGCAGGUGGAACAUCAGAGAAGAAAAGAGUUCGAGGGCAAACAACAUGUAAGAAUAUUCAUGCAAGAAGUUUUGAAGAAAGAGAGGAGGUGGCAUUUGAUAAAGGGCAAGUAGUUGGACCAACUGACAAGAGAAUAUUUAAUUUGACCAACUUUUUAGGAACAAUUUCAAGGAAUCCAAAAUUUAUCCUCUUGGUGCAUACCAGUUGGCAUGCUGUGUCAAAGGAUAUUAAGCAACGAAUGAGAGAAUUGGGUAAUGACUGUCUUCGUGAUGCUUGGAAGCGACACAAGAGAAAUAUAAAGAAGAAAUAUUUUGAUAAAAAUGCUACUAUUGAAGAAAUGCUACAAAAUCGUUCCAAUGAGAUACCUGAAGUUCAAUUCCGUCAAUUGAUUGAGUAUUGGGAUGAUGAAGAUGUCCAAGCUAUGUGCCAAUUAUAUUUUGAAAACAGGAAAAAACAAAAGUGGAGGCAUCGGAUGAGACCUAUUAAUUUUGCAAGAGUGCAUGUGGCAUUGCGCGCAACCAAAGAGAAAAACGAGGAACCAUCAAAGUCUGAAAUGUUUAUUACAACUCGUACAAAGAAAGGGAAGGAAGUUCAUACGGAUACUCAAGUUGCAAUAUCUGAACUUCAGAAUCGUCAAAGUUCUGGAGAAACUGCAGAUGAUGCAUUUAGGGCUAUAUUUGAAAAGGAGAAACCUGGUCGGGUUAGAUGCUAUGGUAGAUCGGUGACGACAAGCUCUCUAAAAAAAGAUGAAGAAAUCACCAAACUUAAACAACAGCAUGCCAACAAAAUAACUUCUCUAAAGGAAGAAAUGAAGGAAAUGAUGAGAGAAGAAAUGCGAUGUUUUUUUAGUCAAAUGGUGAAAAACAACUCUGGAUUGGAUUUUCAUGAUAUACAAGGGUGUGUUGGAUCUAAUAUUCCUUCACCGGUUGAUGCAAGUAGUGCACGAGCUAUGAGAGGCCAUAAUCUACCACAGUCUUCUGGCUCAACUCAUGCCCCGAGUUUUGAAAAGGAAAAUACCGGUGAUGCAAUUGGAAAUGGUGGGCACAAAUCAAUUUGAUUCAUUAAAGUGAAUGGUGAAGGCCUUUUGAACAAUUAUGAUGUUUGUUUUUUUAUUGAUACUAUAAAUAU